UACGACGAAGCCGCCUUCAACUUCUUUCGACAAGUUUUCAACUUUCAACUCUUCUUCCCUUCUUGCCUUCCCCUCUUCCACCCUUCUUCCCUCCCAGCACCUACAUUACACGCCUUCCCCCUGCCCCACCUCUUCAGAUCCCUAAUUUAUAACCCAAUUCUCGCUUCCAAACCUUAAAAAUCCCUCCUUUUCUUCUCCAUGGAACUCUUCGAGCGCGCCAAGGCCGUCCGCCUGCGCAGCCAUAACGACAAGUACCUCCUCGCCGAAGACGACGAGGAGCGCGUUUGCCAACACCGUAACGGCACAACGCGGAAGGCGCGAUGGCAAGUAGAACUUGUUGAUGCAGGUGAUCAGCCCCUUAUUCGCCUGAAGAGCUGCUAUGGCAAGUACCUCUCUGCUUCCAACGAGCCCUUGCUCCUCGGCGUCACCGGCCGCAAGGUUCUUCAAGCGGCUCCUGGUCGCCGCCUUGAUUCUUCCCUUGAGUGGGAGCCUAUUCGAGACGGAUUUCAGGUUAAGCUUAAAACAAGGUAUGGUCAGUUUCUCCGGGCAAAUGGUGGCCCGCCGCCUUGGAGAAAUACUGUGACGCAUGAUAUUCCGCAUCUUCAUCAUGAUUGGGUGCUAUGGGAGGUUGAUAUUGUUGAGGCCCGGGCUUAUACGCCGGUGGCGUUUGCGGAGUAUUCACCUAUAGAGGAGGUAGAAUCUUCGCCGGCGACGGAGUCCGUGGAGUCUUCACCUAGUUUUUUGAAAAAAGAGGUUUUGCAGUCUUUCUCGUCCUCGGCCAGUAACUCUCCACAGAAAUCAUUGUCGUCUGCAUCUAGUGGUUCUCCUCGGGCAUUUCAUAACAGGACUAUUAACUAUAUGGUAGCAAAUAAUGAUGGCUAUGUUGAAGCUGGAGCUGAGGAGUUCUCCUUUAGCUUUCAGGGGACUAGUGUGGAAGAACUGACGCAGAAGCUGGAGGAAGAAAGUGAACUCGGUCAUAUUAUAGUUUGCUCAAAGAACCCGGUGAAUGGGAAGCUCUAUCCCCUUCGUCUGCAACUUCCUCCCAACAAAAACACCAUGAAUGUUGUCGUGGUUUUGGCCUCUUCUAAAGCGGCAAAGAUUUUGGCGAAGCAAGAGAAUCUCCUAUAGAAGUUUCCUUUCAAUGUCACCUCCAUUGUUCCAUCUGUACAUCCCAUGCCAUAGUUCCAGUUCAAAUACAGAGGAUUUCUUCAUCAUUCUUCCAAAUUAUACGCAGUUUCGAAGCAACAUAAAGAUCAGCAUACAACUCAACGAAUCGUUUCGGCCCAUAAUUUUGUUAGUUUAGAUGUUUUAGAAAUUAUUUCAGAACAUAAUGCAGAUGCAGCUCUGUACUCAUCAGAAGUAUAUGGUUAUACUGCAAUGGUAGUGGCAAAUUGUUCCUGUAAUCUAUGUGUUGAGAUUAUUUUAUUUAAAUUGUUAGUGGGAUUUUGCAAUUA